AUGGGAAUCAGAAUUUAUUAGGUGUUUGAGUAUUAAUAGCAUUUAAAGAAUUCACAUCAACUUGUAAUUAAAUUACCAAAAAUGGGAUCAACUUGCCUAAAAAUCCCUAUUACUACUAAUGACAUCAACUUAAAUGAGGAAGUGGUUCAAGAAUUGAACUAAAGUAACUAAUAGAAGAAGGAUAUACUAAAAAUAAUAGAUGAAUCAGUAUGUUCAGAUGAUGAAAUAUAACUAACAAGUCAUUCAUUUGAAGAGAUUUAAGAGAAUUCUAACUAAUCCAAAUACUCUAUGAUCAAAAAACUUGAUUAGGGUGUAAACAUUAAAAGCAUUCUCAAAACAACAACCAAUUCUCAUAUUGUACAGACCUCAAGUAUUCGCAAAUCAGUCUCAUUUUGUUUAAUCGCUCCAAACAAAUACAAAGAGAUGAUUAAUUGCUCAGCAAAGCUCAGUCCAGCUCAAAAGGAAUUCCUAGAUUCUCUCUGUUCAUCUUAAUGA